AUGCCACGACAAGAGUGGGAGGACCUCAUGUUCUAUAUCUUGCACAACAUCAGGGAAGUUGAGGAAGUGUGGAUGAGUGAUUUCGUUCAAGAGGAAUGGACGGGAAUGAAUCCUCCUACUGAGGCGGAGGCACUUACUCUUCUCCGUCAUGGAAACCCUGGACGUAAAAAUUUUGUUGCUUGGUUCAUGGAGAAAAAAGAGUACCUAAAGGGUUGGGAAGUUGUGUUCAAGGUGUCGCCACAUGGUAAGCUACCGAACCCGAAUGAAGACGAUUACUACAACAUUAACCCCAUGACAUACGAGGGAGUGUUCUAUCAAGAGCAACCUGAUGAUGAUGAUGUGGUUCGUGGAACAUGGGAGGAGAAACUGAAGCGGCCGCUCUCACACAUGCAUGCGUGGGAGAUCGCCCAUACGCGGAAGGACCCCAAGCCUGGCGAGCCCAAGUACUACGGCAAGAAGACCGCGGGGAGGAAGAAGGCCUACUCCGAAGGGUAUCUGGCGUUACAUCCUGACACACCUGACCCCAUUGCGGCGGAUCUGGACGAAAGGGUGGUGGUGGGCAUGGGGCCGAAGGAGCAUGGUCGGGAGGCGGUUCUCGAUGCUGUGAUCACUCCGUCUAUCUCCUACACACAGCUCCGUCGGAUCGACCCGACCCUGAGCCAGCGCACGAGCACGCGCAUGAGCAGUGCACCGUCACUGUCCCUCUUUCAGGAGCAGCAAACUGCCUACAUGGAGUACACACGCCAGGAGACCAUGGCGUGGCACGACCGCCUUCAUGCAUACCAUCAGCAGAGGGAUCGCGAGAUGCAGCACGCUUUUCAGGAAAUGGCGGCCGGCAGGUGUCCUCAAUGGCCAUCAGCAGAGGGUCCUCCCCAGCACAACCAGUGCUGCUGA